GGACAUAACUACUGCAAAUGUUCUUACAACCAAAAAUUCUCAGACCACAGUAGGGAUAGCAGCCACAACCAUGAACAGAACUACAGCAAGUACUACAAAUGUUCCAACAACCAAAGACUCUCAGACCACAGCAACAACAGACCAGACCACAAAGGAAGUGAUGAGCAUGAACUUGACUAACUCCACCACUCCUGACAACACCACGGCAACAACAGAAGCGGUUAACACGGUCGGCAUCACAGUUGGCAUCGCAGUUGUCAUCAUCCUGGGGUUCAUGCUUUGUACUUUCUUCUGCCUGUGCCUUCUCAGUGACUGGAGUUGCACGCAGCCCAAUAGCAAAGCAGCGGGAAGACAGAGGUGUUGCUCGUGCAGUUGUUUCCACUGCUUUUCUCGGCAGGACUUUGCAAAUUCGUCCGCGUUUUCCCCCGCCAGGUCCGAGUCCCACGAGGUUCUAGACAUGGAGAUGACUCGGGUGACAGAGGUCGGGAGCUUCACCAACACCAGCACCCUGCACUGGGCUGGAAACCACCACUCCUUCCACAAGUACAUGGCACCACAAAAUCUCAACAAUGAUGAAGCCACCAGUCCCAGCACAAAUGAGGAUCGAGAAGAAGAAGACAGAGGAAACAAUUUCAGAGGAGUAAUAGCCAUGCUAUCAGAUGACAGGAAUGCAGGCAGGUCCAAGAAGUUCUCAGAAGCGAUCAACCUGGACAUUUUUCAGCCGGGUGAGGAUGAAACUGGGCGUGACAGCCCAAUAGGAGACGAGGUGAGCGACAUCAGUAACCACACCCAGAUGACCGUGGUGUCUAUCCACGCCCCAGAGCACAACGAAAGGCCAUCAAGCAACAGUGACAAUUCUGCAGGAGAAGGGCAGCAGGGUGGCGCAGGUGCUACUGGAGGUCACCAUGAGGUCACUAAAGAAUGGACUGCGCCAAAGAAGUCCCAAGAAAGAAAAAAAGGUUUUUACAUGAGCGACUCUGAGGUCUCUGAGGACAACAAAAGCCGAUCCUACAGCCAGAAUGUGGCAGAAGCCAUGAGAACCUUUGACAGUACAAUACAAUACAAGGAAGAGGAAGAACGUAAAGACUCAUCGAUGACAACUGAACUUUGAACAUGAUUCUAUGAGUGCCAAAAUUACUCCGAAUGAAGCAGCAUGUUUUUUUUCAAAAUGACUUGGUUUAAUAAGAUUGCUGAAAAUUCAUUUGUUUUUGCCAGGAUUUAAUUUUGUGAUAUUAGUAGACAGGAAGUUUUUGCAAUGUUUUAAGUUUGCAUUCGAAACAAUACUGUAGCACAAAAACAUGCAGAAAUUGUAAAGGUACUGCAAUAAUAAAACCAUGGCAACAUUUCAAGAUUAACAUUAUUAGGCUGUGUGAAGAGUCCAACAGCCUUGUAAAUAUGAACAUUUUUAAUGUCUGAAAUAGCAUUUUAACACCACAGAUAAUUCUGUUAAUGGCAUCAUGUUUUAAAGUCUGAAAUAUAAUUUCAAUGCCAACAGAUCUUUAUUGAUCUUUAUUUUCAUUGAUUAAUCACUGUCAUACUUACUAUUAGUAACAUCAUUGUUUUGUUGACGAUAUUUGUUGUUGUUUCCAGGUGUAGUUUUAGAAUUGGGAAUGAAAAAUUUAAAUUAAGGAGGAAAGAUAUAUUUAAAUUGUGUUAAAUAAGAGGAACUUUAUACACAUUACAUAUAUGGUUCAAGAAGAACAUCAGUGGAUAUAGAUAAUGCAUAAUUGAAUAAAAUUUAUCAUUGUAUUCUAUUUUUGGUAGAUAUCGGACAAAUCAUUCUAGUUGUUUAUGUAACGAUAUAUCUGACGAUGGCUUUUGAGGAUGCCUCCAAAUAAAAAGACU